GGGUGCUCCCCCAGAGCUCCAGGCAAGGACGAUGUUUCUUUUGAUCGGAAAUCCGCCUACUGCGGUUCCCUGACACAGAGAAACCCCAACGGGAGGAAAGGCGUGGCCAACCACCUCUUCGCGGGAGACGAUGCAGCUAGGGACGGCAGGCAAAGGCGCUGGCUCGGAGAGGGCAUCUGGGGGCGUCGCCGCUCCCCCCGUGGACUAUAAAGGCUGCGCCCUCACCCUGUGUCAUCCCUCCUUGUUCAAGAAGCCAGGCAUGAGGGCUCUGGACGCCUGCUUCCUGUGCCUGCUGCUGCUGUGCCUUGUCCUUCGGGGGGCUGCAAGCCGAGCCCCUCAGCACUCCAUGGAGAUCCGCACUCCUGACAUCAAUCCUGCCUGGUACAGGGGCCGUGGGAUCAGGCCUGUGGGCCGCUUCGGCCGGAGGAGGGCAGCCCUUCAGGACAUCCCCAGACCUGGGCUGCGAUGCUGGUCCACCUGCCUCCCGCUGGAGCGUGGUGCCAAGUCCCCCCAGGGUGGCUGAUGGCCCGGCUCAUGAAGACAGUGAAGACCUGACUACGGGAGCCUCCCCACUCCUUUUCCUCCCAGGUUCUUUCCCUCAAUGAUAAUAAAGGCACUGGCCUGGUUUAUUGCA